AAAAAACUUUAUAUUUAUAUACGAAAGUUGAACAAAUGAAUAAAGCAUAAUACAAUUAAAUUAAAAUAGUUAAUAAAAAAAAAAACAGAAUGAAAUAAAAUAAAAAUAAAAAACACAUAUUUAAAUAAAGUAGAAAACAGGAAAAUAUGUAACAUUUAUAUUCGAACAUUUAAUAAAUUAAUAUAACACAAUAAAAUUAAUUUAAAAUGAGGAAUAUUAAAAAAAAGAAAUUAAACAAAAAAUUUAACAAAAAAAGAAGACAAAUACUAAAAAAUUAAGUAAAACAAAAUAAAUGUAAUAAAAAUUAAGUUAAGAGAAAUAAAACAAAUUUAAUUUAAACAAUCAAAAUAAAUAAAAAAACAAAGGUAAAUAUUUGUAUGCACAAUAAAUUACCAGGACAAAAUUAUAACCUAUCUUUUAAAACGUUGAAGAAUUAGAUAUAUUUUAAGUUCACUGGAACAAAAUUCUUACAUAUAAUACAAAUAUAUUUAUAAAACAAUUUAAAUUAAAUGUAAAAUAAAAAAGUAAGAAUGUUGAGGGUAAAGUUGAAAAUUUUAACUCAGAAAUUAAAUGAAAAUAUGCAAGCAAAUAGUUUCGAUGAAUGAAAUAAAGCAAGAUAACUACUAAUAUUUUUUAUAAGACCAAGAUACAAUUAAUUUCAAUUUUCUAAUCAGAGUAUAAGAUAGUUAAAGCAUAAGACAUUCUAAAGACUUAACUAUGAUAAUAAAAAAAAUAUGUAGCAUUGCUAAACAAACCUAAAACAAAAGGUAUUUUCUCUAAUCCGCGCUCAAUAUCCGUAAGCGCUCAAUAUCCGUAAGCUACGACAACAUAAGCGUUGUGUCCCUUAUAUAAAAGUUUUUAGUAACAGCUCGACAAAAAUGAAUUUAACGAAGUCAAAAAGUUGUUUUCUCUAUCAAAUUAAAAAAUAUUCAAAUAGCUAAGUCAACUUUAAAGCAGACAAGCUGAUGAUAAUGGCUGAGUGGGCUUUUCAACAACAAAAAAGUUUGAAUUGCCAAAAUAAACUUUUAUUUAUAAAUGUGACUACAAUAACUGUGCAAAAUUUUCUUAACAAAAUAAUAUAUUUUAUUAAUUAAAAAUUCCGUAUUGAUGUAAUUAAAUUUUUUAUACUCGACAAAUAACAAAAUUAUUAUGAAUUUGUUGUGCGCUCAAAUCUAGUUGAGCAUGUAACACUGCCUUAAUUCCGUUGAAUAAUGUUAUAUAUUAUUGCUGAAAGCGAGAUUUGAAAUAACUUAUCGUACAAUAAGGAAAAAAUAGGAAAAAGUAGGGAAGUUGAUCUUUCCGUUACAGCUAACUCAUAUUUGGUGAGACUUUUUUGAAGUAGUCUAAAAAUUUACUUUUAUAGAGUACAAAGAGAAAAAACAAAUUUUCCAUCAUAAUAGAAAAAAAUUAUUAUUAUAAUAUGUAAUAUAUAUAUAUAUAUGUACACAACAAACAAACUUACCAAUUAAAUACAUUUACAAGUAUAGUAAUAUAAAGAUUGUUGAUAUGAUAAUACUCAACAAAAAAAAAAAAAACAUUUUAAAAAUUUCACAGUUAGUGAAUAUGCUCAAAAGAAAUGUGGUCAAGAAAAGCAUAUUAUUGUCCGGCUCUAGCCAGUCUGAGAUUGAAACAUCUCGGUAUUUGACAAGUCUAGCGAAAUUCCUGGAAUUGAUAUUUUAAAUACCGUAAGAAACAAUGCCGAAGUAAUUUGUGCAUAUAAAGUUAACAAAAUUGCUGAUGCUAAGUUUUAAAUUAAUUAAACAAUAAUAAUUAGUGCUUUCGGAAGAGUUGUAAGAGCGUGAUUGUCGAGAUAAAUUGAUGAACAUUUGCGAAACAAUCGUGUCGUGGUUUUGAAUCUAAUUAAGUAUUUCGGGAGAUAUCAUCAGAAAAUAAAAUAAAAUUUCUUUCAAUGUGAAAGUGAAAGAAAAUUUCUAUAGCAAAAAUUAAACCUAAAAAUAUAAAAGCAAGACAAUGGGGCAUAAUAACAAAUUAAAAUGGAAUCAAAUCUAUUUAUAUAACAAAUUUCGUAACAAUUUUGAAAAACCUGAAAUAGAAAUUUCUUAUUUUUCUUCAAGAGUCUUUAAUAUUAGAUAAUAAGAUUAUUAAAAUAAUAAAAAAAUAUUUAGUUCAUAAAUUAUUUAUAAAAUAGCAAAAGCUACUCUCGGUAGUCCAUUAAUUUUUAGUGAUUCGAAAACAAAUACUCGAAAUACAUACACAUACAUAUACAAGCCAAGUGAACGUCACAACUGUUUUAGCAUAAGAUUUUCGUUCGCAACGAAGCAACAGACAACCAUACAGUGGAUGUAAAUAAAUGCAUAUAAAUGUAAUACUUGCGGUAAUAAUAAAAUUAACGCGCCAAAUAUCGUGAAAGUAUAAAAUCCGCGAACAUGAUUGCACAGCGUAGAAUACGAGCGACGCUUGCCAAAGUGGCGAGAACGGUAGUAAAAACAAGAAUAACAACAACGAGAAAUACUACCAACAUUGUACCGCAGCCAAUGUGUAUAAUUAAAAUGAAGAGAAAAAGUAAAAUACCAAAAUUGUUGUUGUUAAUUACCGCAAUUUGUAUUAGCAGCUUCUGGCCGCGGUUUGGCAAUGGCAGAGAUGCUGGUGAUAGUUUACUACCGCUUGUCUAUGGCACGCAUAUGAUCGUCUCAGCUGGUGAUGCCAUCGCACACACGUUCACCAUCGAAAUGCGUGGCCAAAAUCACUAUAAUGAUGGUGGUGGAGGAGGCGGAAGAGACAGUAGUAGCAGUUUAGAAAAUAUUGAUUUUCAGAAUAUGGAUAUGAAUAGCUUUGAUCGCGAUACUGGCAUUAGUGGUGGACCAGAGGAGUCAGAGGAGCGCGAUCAUAUCGCGUAUCACUUCGAAAUGAAAAAACAUGAAGAGUUGCUCGAGGAUAUUAGAGAUGACGCAUCUACGAAUUUAUUACUUGAUAAAGAUCUACCAAAAUUCGGUGAGCCAAUACAAAAUGUCACGGUACCAGUGGGGCGAGAGGCGGUGCUGCAAUGUGUUGUCGAUAAUCUGCAGACCUACAAAAUUGCGUGGUUGCGCGUCGACACACAAACAAUACUGACGAUACAAAAUCACGUUAUAACGAAAAACAACCGAAUGAGCUUAACCCAAGCUGAGAAACGUGCUUGGAUAUUGAGAAUACGUGACGUAAAAGAAGCGGACAAAGGCUGGUAUAUGUGUCAGAUCAAUACGGAUCCGAUGAAAAGUCAAGUUGGUUACCUGGAUGUUGUGGUGCCACCGGAUAUUCUCGAUUAUCCCACCAGCACAGAUAUGGUGAUACGAGAGGGCGCGAACAUAACUCUGAAAUGUGCAGCAGCUGGUUCACCAACACCGACCAUAACGUGGCGACGUGAAGGUGGUGAACCCAUACCGCUGCACAACAAUACAGAAGUUAUCGCCUACAAUGGCUCCUACCUGACGAUCACUAAAGUCCAACGCCUUAAUAUGGGUGCAUAUUUAUGCAUCGCCUCGAAUGGCAUUCCGCCAACGGUCAGCAAGCGCGUAAUGUUGGUUGUGCACUUUCCUCCAAUGAUAUGGAUACAAAAUCAGCUAGUCGGUGCUGCCACCGGUCAAAACAUCGCACUUGAGUGUCAGUCAGAGGCGUAUCCAAAGUCUAUUAAUUACUGGACGAAAAAUGACACGAUAAUUGUACCAGGUGAGCACUUUGCAUCCGAAACUUUUGAAAGUGGCUACAAAAUUACUAUGCGAUUAACCGUAAAAGAUGUUGACACAUCAGAUUUCGGCUCUUACCGUUGUGUGGCAAAGAAUUCUCUUGGUGAUACGGAUGGCACAAUUAAACUCUAUUAUAUUCCCCAAACAACGACAGAACCCACAUUAGCACCGACGGUGGCUCUAAAUACCGUGCCAGUUCUGGUUACGAAAUACAACAACAAAGAUCAACGUUUCAGUAAAAAAAUUCACCGCACAAAAUCGAAUGUUGCAGAUAUUUUAUCGUCAUCAUCCUUGAACAAUGUUUAUAUUGGUGCCACGUCGAGCCUAUGGAAUUCACAAGAUCACGGCACGGGGAGAGAGCAUAAUCAAUCUUUACCGGCACAAAAGCCAGCUGACCAACUGGUUUCACCUUCAGUGGAUUCUUCAAGCGCCUUCUCUUCCAAUCAUAAUUCACAUCUUAAUGCAGUUUGCUGGACGUAUCUCCUUCAAGGAUUAUACAUGUUAUUUAGGUGACCCGAACGUCUGCGAACAUUGACUCAUUACUUGAUAUAAACGAGAAACGGAAGUAUUCCGUAUUGCAGUGGUAGUAUCCCAAAUUAAAUUAAAUUAACUUCAACUAAUGUAUCUCUGGAAGUACAUACAUACAUAUGAUAAAUUAGAGGUGCCUUUGAAGAUAUAAAGUUUAAGAAGUGGUAACAAAACAACAGAAAAUUUGCGAUGCUUGUAUAAUACGAUGUGAAGAAAUAUUUCGUUCCCACACAGUGGCCAACAUACAAUUUGAAGAUACUGUCAAAUUGUGGUGAAUUCGUUCAAAUGCCAUCACAUAUAACGUAAACAUGAAGGAGUUGAAAACCUCUACCACCGUUUGAAACGGUAAAUUUUAAAUGGAACUCAAAUAGAUACAAGGGAGAUGUUAUUUACACUAGGUGAAGACUUUUUGAAAUAAUAUGGCAAUGAAGAUUUGCAUAAAAUGAGUAGUGCAGCCGAAGCUUUCAAUACUGGAUGGAACAAACGGAAUAUGCUCAGAAUACUACCAAGAGAUAUUUAGUUAACGAUGCUUUGCAUGUUUAUAAUACAAUAUUUAUUUUAAUUCGAGAUAUGUGCAUGUAUGCUUGUAUAUUGUAGAAAUAUGUACUGUUUAUAUAUAAAAUAUGUUUUUAUUUUUGUACUGAAU